AUGACGGCGAUGGCAGUCGCAGCGCAUUCUGCUUUCGUUACUUCUUAUUUUCCGCGCGCGGGAGCAGUUGCGAGAUCUGUGCAGAAGCUUGCACAUGGCAGCCGAAGACUCUCAGCUGCUGCUGGGGUCCCGCGAUCUGCACGCUGGCUGGUCAAGGAGGCCUCUCGCCAGCCAGCAUACAGUCCGGAUGGUAGGCUACGCCCUGGUCUGAACGUUCUGCCGCCCGGCCAAUGGCUGCGCACCGAUGAGGACGAUGCAGAGGUCGUGGCAAUGAAGCGAGCCGCGCUUGAUGACCCUCAGCUGGGUUCGAGCUUGUCGGCCUCUGACGGGAAAGAGUCGACGUUCGCCGCCGAGGAGGAGCUGUACUCGCUGGUGGCAGCAGCUUGUGAGCCAGCUGACCAUCCACAGAAGAUACAGAAGGGAACUCUGGCCGCAGCUGCUAGGCUCAUACCAGAAGAUCUCGUACUGCUGCGACAGAAUGGCGAGGAGCCUGCCACGAUGUGUUCGGUGUGCGUGUGCUUCUCGUUUGGCCAGCUGCCGGCGAAACUCGGUGCUCCACUCUCUGAUAUCCACGCACCCGUCCCUGGAUAUGCCGACAGUCUUCGCCGUCCUCUUGACCGGAUUUUUGCCAAGCUCCGCCCUGAGAAGAGUUUCUGGCGCACCAACUUCGAGUUCCGCUGGACUGGAGACUUGCUGCACCCAUCCGCGAGUGACGAUCCAAGCCUGAAAGGUGACUUGUCGCACGCGGCUGGAGCGGCUGUUGAUGAAGCCAAGAUGGGCCCUGCAGAUAUGUUCCUGCGAGUCGAGUAUCAGACAAUCCGCCGCUUGCCAGAGUCUCAGCACAUUGCCUUUACCAUCCGGUCAUACACAGACCCUUUACCGCUGGUCGCUGCAUCACCUGCUUCUGCCGCCCUGGCGCGGCAAGUAGCCGGUCUCAGCCCAGACAUGGCAGCUUACAAGGGCAUCAGCAAGAGCAUGCGGCCUCGUAUUGAAGCGUACCUGAGGAGCGCAAGCGGUGCGUAA